AUGUGCUCCCGCCGUCGUUUGGGAAUUCACAAGAGGCAGCGACGUAUCAUCACCACCACUUGCUUUCGACUGGGCGCGGAGGGCCCUCCUAGAGGCGCAGCUAUUAUCCGAAGCAGUAGUCGGUUCAGGCUUCUGUGUAAUGAAUUUCGUGGCGGCUGCAUUGCCUUCGAGCUACAGUUGCACAAGGAGGGACAUCAGAAUUGGAAAACCAACCUGCCCGUGCGCCUGGCCAAGGACCCCGAUUUCCAAAACGGCAGAUUCAGAAAAGGGUGUGCGACCCUUCCCACGGCAGAGCAAUCGUAUGUCCACGCCAUGGCUACCAAUACGCAUCGAGAUUACCACAUGCAUCAUCGGUACGUCGUAUGCUUCAUAAGUACAGGCAGCAAGCUCAGCUACGCACGCUCCACAAAGACCAGAGCGUGA